GAAUAGAAAUCAAACAAACUCACGAAGCAGUUCUUCUCCUCCGGUUGGUUCUUAUGGAUGCUAGGGGGGAGUAAACCGGGCAGACUAUUUGACAAUUCAAAACACAACUUUUAAUUUAAAAUACAUUGGACUUCAGUGGUUCAGAAAAACGGAAUCAGACCAAAAUGGAUCCCGAUGCAGACAAACCACUGAGGAUCGGUUUCAUUGGUGCAGGAAACAUGGCUUUUGGCAUCGCAAAGGGCAUGCUGUCAGGAAACGUUCUCCCUGUAAACAUCAAAGUCAGUGCACCAUCCUCUAGGAAUAUGAAACGUUUCCAGGAAGUUGGCAUCUCUGUAACUCACUCGAACGCAGAGGUAGUCUGUGGGUCAGAUGUGGUGUUUGUCGCAGUCAAACCUCAUCUCGUUCGACUCGUUCUCUCAGAAAUCUCUCAGUACGUCACCAAGAAACACAUUGUUGUGUCUGUUGCUGCAGGAGUGACCCUAUCUGUGUUGCAGGAGCUUCUCCCGGAAAAUUCGAUCGUCAUCCGACUGAUGCCAAACCUUCCCUGUCUGGUUCAAGAGGGGGCCCUUUUGUUUACACGGGGGGCCAACGCAAAGCAGGAGCAUGGGGAUGUGCUUCGCAGCUUGUUGCAUUGCUGCGGUUUGGUGGAGGAAGGGCCUGAAGCCUGGAUUGAUAUCCACACAGGGCUGAGUGGGAGCGGAGUUGCUUUUGUGUAUCUUUUUGCUGAAGCACUGGCAGAAGGAGCUGUAAAAAUGGGCAUGCCAAGUUCUCUGGCUCACAGCAUUGCAUCCCAAACUGUUCUUGGUGCUGGGAGAUUGUUACGUGAUUCUGGGAAGCAUCCAGCUCAGCUUCGGUCUGAGGUCUGCACGCCUGGUGGAACAACAAUCUAUGGGCUUCACACUCUAGAGCAGGGAGGAUUGAGGGCGUCUGUCAUGAGUGCGGUGGAAUCAGCCACUGAGAGGGCCCGGGAGCUUGGCAGCAAAUAGGCAGCAGGAAGGAUCUCUACGUCCAUGAUGGGUUUCAAAAACCACAGCUUGAACUCUAACCACGGAAAGUCUUAAAAAUAUGCUUUUCUUUUUCUUUCAACAAUUUAGUGUUUUAUGAUUAAAAGAAAGAAAAACAUGAUUAUUUUCUUUAUCA